AUGCCUAUCUCUAUCAAGACCCUCCGUGCGUUUACCGAAGGCAUACCAUGGGCUAAAGUGUUCAAAAAAGCCGAAAACACCACCAAAGGCCAGCGACUCUACCCUUCACAGAGCCACGACAAAAAGAAAAAUUUCCGAAUUGACAAGGGUGCAACAGUCAGCGACACCCAACAGGAGAUCAUUCUUCAAGCAAACAAGGACGCCGAAGACACCGAAGUGAAAAAGUCCGCUCAGAAGGACAGCCACAGAAUCCUGGCAAAAUGCGUCAUUGAUCCCAACAAUGUAGACGCAGAAAAGGCGAAGUUGGACUUGGAGGAGUCUUUCCGGGCGAAUAAUUGA